AGAAAGUCCAUUUGAUACGAUACGAUGCGAUCUGAUAGAAGAUGCUUAAUGGCCUGUGUGGUGGCCUCUCUAUUUUUAUAUUUUUAUUGUUUUAAUUGUCGACGACCCAGCGAAACCCCACACAUCAUCCACUCAACUCAUCCACUACGUCCACUACGUCCACUACCUUCACACGUCCACAUAUAUACUACACACGUCCGCGUCCACUUCGUCUACUCCGUUCCGUACAUGGCUCCACUUACCAUUAGUUCUUUGCCUAUCUACCAACCCACCAUCUGUGCACUUACACGUUGUGUACCUAUAGUUGACUCGUACACAUAUACCCUCUUUACUACCUAGCGUUUCUCUUCAUCCUCUCUUUGUGUCGCACCUACCACCGUAUUACACCGUAUUCCGAGACUUCUAACGCCGACGUUGUAACGCAGGCCCCAUGAUGUCGUCUGGUCCUCACCACCAGGUCCCCCUGACCCAGGCGCAAAUCGCCCAACAACAACAACAAGCCGCCAUUCAAGUCGAGAUGGCCAAGAGGCGUAGUCGCAAGCCAACCGAUAAGAACCUUCCCGACAAUAUUGACGAUUGUAUCAUCGGUGAAAUGUCUGCCAGAUAUCGGGAGCUUAGGGACUAUGAGAGAAGACUUGAUGCGACUAUGACGAGGAAGCGUCUCGAUAUUGUCGAUUCGGUUAAUCGAAGUGUAAAGCGAUGGAAGACGCUCCGAAUCUGGAUUACUAACACGGCGGAAGACCAAGUCUGGCAGGGGAAUAGCAUUGUCGAUACCUUCGAUUUCAGCUCUAAUCUCGAACCGACAUAUCGCGUUAAAAUCGAGGGGCGAUUGUUGGACGAUGACGAUGAUCUUGAUAAGGAUGAUGAUGAUGAUGAUGAUGAUGGUGACGAUAGCGAAGACCCAAAGGCCAAAUCUGAGGAUGCUGAUCGCAUGGACGAGGACCCGAAACCAAAGACUCCAAGAUCUCCCAAAUAUCGAUUCUCUCAUUUUUUCAAGGCAUUGAAUGUAGACUUUCCUGCCAACCGCAAGGGUAUCGACCAAGCUGUCGAAUGGAAGAAGCCAGAGCGUGCCGGUCCUACGUCGAAUCUUUCUGCCGCAGCUGAUUUUGAUGAAUUGACGUUCAAGCGCAACGGGGAUGAAAAUCUCAACAUCACGAUCAAUCUAUAUCGUCACGAGGAACCCGAACGAUACGCCAUCAGCCCUGAUUUGGGAGACAUUAUCGAUUUGACCGAAGCUACGCGCCAGGAGAUUGUGAUGGGUAUCUGGGAAUACAUCAAGCUGAUGGGAUUGCAAGAAGACGAAGAAAAGCGCAAUUUCCGUUGCGACGAUCUUUUAAGAAAGGCCUUCGGUAUCGAAGUGGGCUCGAUUCCCAAGCUCCACGAGUAUAUCACACCGCACAUAAAGCCCCUUCCACCGGUCAAGCUUCCUUAUACCAUUCGACUUGACGAAGAAUUCCACAAAGACCCGCAACCUACCGUAUAUGAUGUCCGUGUCGCUGUAGAUGACCCUCUACGAGAGAAGAUGCUCUCAUUCUUGAGUAACGCUGGCUAUGCCAGCAUGCUCAAGGAAGCCGCAUCUCUUGAUGAUCACCUUGCUACCAUUAUCCAGGCAGUCCACGUCUCUAAGGCCAAGCACGCUUUCUUGACGUCCCUUAGUGAGGAUCCUGCUACUUUUGUUAAGGAUUGGUUAAGUUCCCAGAAACGCGACCUGGAUAUUAUCAUGGGAGAGGCGAGGGGUAUCGGUGAAGAUACUACUGGUGAUGAGUGGAGAAAGGGAGGCAAAGAUAGUAUCUGGUCUACCGUCAACGCUCGCGAAAGUGUCACCGUUAUGUUGGCAAAGCAGCCCUUUACGUUGCAGCGAUAGAUUUCGCCGCGGAAAUUAUGGAGUCUAGGAUCGAUAAGAGGGAGCGGCUGUGUCCAGGUGGGAACCUGCCUAUGGCGUAUGGCGUGUUGGUUAUAUCCGAAUACUUUCAACCGGACUUGUAAUCGCUAGGGGUGGAAAUAAGGGGGUUUUAAGGCUUUUUACAAAAGGGCAGUAUAUCCUGUAUUAGUAUACCGGUCUCUAGGGCACACGUCAAAGUAUUACACAUUUCCCGGAAAUGAGUGCGUUUUUGACCAAAAGAAAAUGCGAUUGCAUUUGAAUUC